AUGAUUCUUCCACGAAAGUGGACAUGAAGGAGCCCUACGACGCAGAGGCCAGCACCUUCUGCUUCCCUGACUCUGUGGAUGCCGGGGGCCUGCCAUCCUUGUCCUUCUGCAUGCAGACAUCACCCCAUGGCAAGACAGUGAGCGAGAGCGAGCUCAGCACCAGUGCCACGGAACUGCUGCAGGACUACAUGCUGACGCUGCGCACCAAGCUGUCCUCGCAGGAGAUCCAGCAGUUCGCGGCACUGCUGCAUGAGUACCGCAACGGGGCCUCCGUCCACGAGUUCUGCAUCAGUCUGCGACAGCUCUAUGGAGACAGCCGCAAAUUCCUGCUGCUCGGCCUGAGGCCCUUCAUCCCUGAGAAGGACAGCCAGCACUUUGAGAACUUCCUGGAGACCAUCGGUGUGAAGGAUGGCCGUGGUAUCAUCACUGACAGCUUCGGCAGGCACCGGCGGGCCCUGAGCACCACGUCCACCUCCACCACCAACGGGAACAGGGCCGCGGGCAGCCCCGAUGACCAGUCAGCACCCUCUGAGGGGGACGAGUGGGACCGCAUGAUCUCAGACAUCAGCAGUGACAUCGAGGCACUGGGCUGCAGCAUGGACCAGGACUCGGCGUGACGGACUGCCAUGGAACAUCUACAUCCGCCGCGCCGUCCCGCUGGCUGGGGCGGGGGAAGGGCUGCAGGCACAUGGCCCCAGGAGGCUGGGCCUCUACUGUGAAGGAGUGGGGAGCCACCAGAGGAUAUGCGUCCCAGUGCAGGGCGGAAGGCUCUGCCUUGUCUGUGGGGCUCAGCCCUGCCCUACACCACAUCCCUGCUCGGGGAGGGCCGUGCCAAGCCGCAGGGAGAGCCAGUGCUGUCUGCCUGGCCCUGGACAGCUGUUAAAUUUGCACACGACGUUCCUCUUGUAACUCUCAGAGACCUUAAAAAGUUGUUUACUACAAUGUGAAUAAUUUAAUCUCCAGUUGCCAAGCUUGUUUCUGAUCCAGUUGGGUGAGAGCCAUGUUGCCACAAGGGGUGUCCACUCUGCCCUCUGUCCCUGAGGCCACGUCUGCCCAUGGUAUCCAGGGCUGGGCAUGAUGGUCUUGGACACUUUGGGGCAGAGGUAUCAGUGACUGGGGCAUUGGCUUUGUAGAUAACAGGGCAGGGCAAGUGCCCUAGGGUCUCUCGUAGGUUGUAGGGACAGUGUGUGGCAUGUCAGUGUCUAGAAGGCCUUGAUCACUACAUCCUGUGCACAGACUGCCCCAGGGACCAUGAUGUGUUCUGGCCCCUUGCUUGGCCUGUUGGGUCAGGAGUGAGGUCUGCAAAGUCCUCUUCAUCUCAGAGCCCAGAACCUGGGUUCAGAAGAGGGGCACGAGGGCCAGACAGCCCUCCCCAUGUCCUGUCCCAGCCCCGCCCCCAGCCCCAGUGAGCUCCUCCCCCAAGCACUGCUGGCUUCAUUUUUGCCUCUGUCCUUUAGGCACUUUCAACCCUCUGUAGGACACAGGGAAGUGAGGUGACUUGGGGUCAGGAUGACCCAGGCUUGC